AUGUUAUCGGACGCUGAAAUAGCAGAUCAGUUGGAUGAGAUCCUUGCAAAUCCAGAAUCCGACGAUGAAUUUUUUGACGAAAUAGAUACUGGAUAUGAUGAUGAUGAUUUUGAUAUGGAUAUUUUGGUGCCAUCAUCUUCACCAGAGCCAUCUUCACCAGUUGAUGCCCAACCACUUUCUCAUUUUCCCUUUCAAUCUCCAAAAACAGUUGGUCCAAAAGUGCAACAUGCAAAAAAAACACCAUUGCAUACUCCAGAUUUCAAAUGGAAAACUAAUAAAAAUUUUCAUCCGAAAACUUUUGAUUUUGACUACUCUAAGUUAGUUAUAAAUCAUUAUAGUAGUAUUGGACAAACACACAAUCAUACAACUCAUAUUCAACAUAAUCCUGGCAAUAAGAUAAAUCAUACAACUCAUAUUCCACAUCAUCCUGACAAUAAGUGUGGAGUUCAAAAGCAUGAAUUUAAUUUGCAUGAUGAUUCAAGUAUUUUGGAAUUCUUUGAAGCUUUUGUCUCAGAAUUUUUGCUAGGAAAAGUAGCUUUUGAAACAAACAGAUAUGCUCAUCAAUUUUUACAACAUGAAGUUUUAUCUGAGCAUUCCAGAGCAAAAGGUUGGAAAGACGUAGACAUUAGUGAGCUUUAUGUGUUUAUAGCAACAACUCUAUUGAUGUCAAGAAAUAAAAAGCUUGACAUGAAGGACAACUGGUCAAAUGAUCCACUUCUUUAUACACCAAUUUUUGGUAAAAUUAUGUGUAGGGAUAGGUACUUACUGAUUCUAAGAAUGAUUCAUUUUUGCAAUAACGAGAUCCAAGUAAGUGGUAAUCGCUUAUUCAAACUUGACAUGGUAUUGGAUGAAGUUAGAGCAAAUUUCAAAGCAGCUAUGGUUCCCUUUCAAAACUUAGUAAUAGAUGAGAGCUUAGUCCUCUGGAAAGGCAGGCUAAGUUUUAAACAAUUUAUUAAGUCAAAACGACACCGUUUCGGAAUAAAGUUCUUUGUGCUCUGUGAUGUUGAGACGGAUUAUAUUCUUGACUUCAUAAUAUAUACUGGUGCUGAAACUCGACUACUACCAUAUGAUAUAAAUAUUGGAAUAUCUGGAGGUGUAGUGAAAACACUAAUAGCACCUUAUUUGAAUAAGGGAUAUAAUUUAUACACUGAUAACUGUAAAAAAAACAGGCGAGGAAUGCCUCCAUUGAAGAAUAAGCUGUCUGCUGGAGGUGUGCAAAGUUCCCAUACCAAAAAUAUUAUGGUUUUAAAAUGGUUAGACAGAAGGGAAGUAUUUAUGUUAUCCACAUUGUAUGAUGAUAAACUAGCAGACUCUGGAAAGGUUGAUAGAAAAGGUGUGAUGAUAAAAAAACCAAAUUGUGUAGUCAAUUAUAAUGCUUGUAUGGGUAGUAUUGACAAGACUGACAUGUUACUCAGCUCGGUGGAAUGUGUUAGGAAAACCUUGAAAUGGUAUAAGAAAAUAUUUUUCCAUCUAAUAGAUCUAUGUAUUUUGAAUGCUUUCUCGACCUACAAGACAGUUACUGGAAAAGUUAUGUCAUUAGCAAAUUUUCAACUAGAGUUGAUAAGACAACUAUUGGAAAAAUAUAGCAGCCCAACUAAAAGCCCUAACAGCAGAGGAAGACCAACCUCUAAAGAUCAACCAUUCCGACUGACAGGUAGACAUUUUCCCUCAGAUGUACCAACAACCAAUACUGGCAAAGCAAACAGGAGAAGGUGUGCAGUUUGUAUCAAAAAAAAUAAAAGGACAGAUACUAGGUACAUGUGUUCUGAUUGUGAUGUUGGCCUUUGUGUAACACCAUGUUUUGGAAUAUACCACACCAAAAAAAAUUUAGGAACUAAAUUAUUCUAA